CAGGUAGGGUAUGCGUGCGCACACCUAGGUGUGCCGUAGGUUACGGCGGAAUUUACCUAUUUUUCUCCUACAACUUUCUUGAUAGUUUAGGAUACAGUACACGGGAGGGAUUGCAAUUCAUGCUGUAGGACGUUGACAUCCUUAACGAUACUUUCCAAUUGUUUCAACACUGGUUUAAAACUCUGCUCGAAGCCGCCCACCUCAUUCAGCCGGUGGGGUGGAGACUUUAGACAACACGCGGAAGUUGAGUUGAAGAUCGAAACAAAAGACAGCGUGAACAAUUGUAUAGAGAAGUUCACGAGUAAUUCUUUAUUGCUGAUUUAACCCAACAAUACACCAGUAGCAUGGCGUCGGCGGACCAAGUCUAUAGUCCAACAACUGUACCGGAGACUAAGUCGAGAAACUGUUUCACAGUGCCAAAUGAGUUUUUAGAUAAACCACGGAGUCUGAUAAAACUUGCUGAAGUGCUCCUGUCGUUUGUAGCGUUCAUCCUGGAAGAGGUGGUGACAAACUGUGCGAGCUGUGGUUCACUCUACUUCUUUGAGUUUGUCAGCUGCACAGCCUUCCUCUUCACAGCCCUCCUCCUCUUCCUCCUCACCACCAAGUGGAAUACAAGAGUGGGAAUCAACUGCUGGUCUACUUUAGAUUUUUGGUACACUGCCGCGGUCUUGGGCUUGUUCCUCUUCGCCUCCAUCUUCUUUGCUGCAGACAAUGGAGGGACGGACCUGGAGAAGGCUGCAGUGGCCUUUGGAAUCCUGUCCUCCAUUGCUUUUGCAGUGGAUAUUGGGAUUUUCAUAAAACUGAAAGGACUUCCUUUCAGAAACCAGACCGACAUAAGGAACAGGGAUUCCAACAGCGGGCCAGCAGAAGUAGAGAAACUCAACACAGAAGAAUAGUUCACAAUACUCCCGUGGAGACCACUCGAUAUUGCAUCAAAAUGGUUGUAACAUUAUGUUUUUAACAUUGAUAUCUCAAGGGCAGUGGGCUUUUUAAAUUACUCAAUCUUGAAACCGUUUUUUUUUUGUCCAAAACAUUCCUUGUGAUCAUUCCCGGUUUGAUCUUUUGUUCGGAGCAAUCUUAAUUUGUAAGACAUGUAGUGCUUCCUCCCUGUGAUAAUUCAGCUUUCCCUAAGCAGUGACCAUGACCUCCCAGACUGACUUAAGUAGAUGGGUUUCUAUCCCGGUGUAUUACUGGAUCUAAUUCAAAGAGAUAGAACCGUAUCAAUCUCUGUGUUUGGUUCUGCUUAUCUCACACUUAAAACACAGAACUAGAAGAACCCAAUUGAUUCACUAUACACUAUAAAAUAUUUGUAUUUUCAUAUUUUUGAGUUGCUAUUGUUAUUUAUAUUUUUGAAAAACUACACAAAUACUUUUUUAAUUGUUUUUAAAUAGUUAAUUAGAAUUGUAAAAAAUAC